CCAGCCACCUCCUCUCCCUCCCCUUCGGCGUGAGGCCGUGAGGUUUUAGCACGCCUCCGCCUCCACUCCGCUUCCGCCUCCACGCCCGAGCUGGGAAGUGAAGUAGAGGAAGGGGGAGAGAGCUCUAGCUCGAGGAGGGGAGGAGAUGGGGAAGAAGCAGAAGAAGCCUGGGAAGGGGAAGGAGAAGACGGAGCGGAAGACGGCCAAGGGCGAGGAGAAGCGCGCCCGCCGCGAGGCCCGCAAGGUCGGCGAGGAGGACGACAUCGACGCCAUCCUCAGGAGCAUACAGAAGGAAGAGGCGAAGAAGAAAGAGGUCCAUGUGGAGGAGAAUGUCCCUGCACCAUCUCCUCGGUCUAAUUGCUCGCUUACUAUAAACCCGUUGAAAGAGACAGAACUGAUUCUAUAUGGGGGAGAGUUCUACAAUGGUACCAAGACCUUUGUUUACGGUGAUCUAUAUCGCUGUGAUGUAGAGAAAAACGAGUGGAAGUUGGUAUCUAGCCCUAACAGUCCACCUCCAAGAAGUGCUCACCAGACAAUAGCCUGGAAGAACAACAUAUACAUGUUUGGUGGGGAAUUCACUUCACCAAACCAAGAACGUUUUCAUCAUUACAAGGACUUUUGGACGUUGGAUCUGAAAACAAAUCAAUGGGAGCAAAUUCUUGCCAAGGGCUGUCCAAGUGCACGGUCAGGACACAGGAUGGUUCUUUACAAGCACAAAAUUGUGCUAUUUGGUGGUUUUUACGAUACUCUUAGGGAAGUGAGGUACUACAAUGAUCUGCAUGUUUUUGAUUUAGACCAUUUCAAGUGGGAGGAAAUCAAGCCUCGCCCUGGGUGCCUGUGGCCAAGUCCAAGAAGUGGCUUUCAGCUUGCUGUUUACCAAGAUCAGAUAUAUCUAUAUGGUGGAUAUUUUAAAGAAGUUUCUUCUGACAAAGAAAAAGGAACAGUUCAUGCAGAUAUGUGGUCUCUUGACCCUCGUACUUGGGAGUGGAAUAAGGUUAAGAAGGCUGGGAUGCCGCCUGGUCCCAGAGCUGGGUUUUCAAUGUGUGUGCACAAGAAAAGGGCUGUUCUUUUUGGCGGUGUGGUAGAUAUGGAAGUUGAAGGCGAUGUCAUUAUGAGCAUGUUUAUGAAUGAGCUGUAUGGUUUCCAAUUGGAUAACCACCGUUGGUAUCCACUAGAGCUCAGAAAAGACAAGCCUGCUAAAAAUAAGACAAAGGAUAUCAAAAGGAAAGAGUCAACAAAUGAUGUAGAAGCUAAUGUUGAUAAUGAGGGUGAUGAGGUCAUGGAGGACGUAGAAGAAGCUAUUGGAGGACAACCUGAAGUCCUUGGAGUUUCUAAUCAGUUGACCAAGAGUCUGAGCAUCACUAAAGCUGGGUCAAGCAAAAGCUCUGAUGUUCUCUCUGAUUCGAUAACACAGGAAGCACCACCCGAGGCGGUGAAGCCCAGUGGUCGAAUCAAUGCAUGCAUGGCUGUAGGGAAAGAUAUGCUCUACUUAUAUGGAGGAAUGAUGGAAGUGAAAGAUAGAGAAAUUACUCUCGAUGAUCUAUAUUCACUUAACCUUAGCAAACUUGAUGAGUGGAAGUGUAUCAUACCGGCAUCGGAAUCUGAAUGGUUAGAAAUUUCUGAGGAUGAGGAUGAUGACGAUGACGAUGAAGCUGAUGAUAAUGAAAAUGAUAGUGAGGGGGAUGCUAGCCAGACAGAUGAAGAUGAAGAGUCUGAUGAAGAUGCUGCAAAGAACGUGUCUAGUGCUGUUUCUCUCCUGAAGGGUGAAAGUAAGACCAUGCGUAGAAAAGAGAAGCGUGCUCGGAUAGAGCAAAUCAGAGUCAUCCUUGGCCUUUCUGAUUCUCAAAGGACUCCAGUGCCUGGAGAAUCAUUGAAAGAUUUCUACAAGAGGACAAAUAUGUACUGGCAAAUGGCUGCCUACGAGCACACUCAACACACCGGAAAGGAGCUCCGGAAAGAUGGUUUCGAUCUUGCGGAAACUCGAUUCAAGGAACUGAAACCAAUACUCGAUGAGCUGGCCGUACUGGAGGCUGAACAGAAGGCGGAGGAAGAGGCCAGUGGAUCUACUAGUUCUAAUUUCAAGAGGGACACCAAGAAAGGCAAGCAGAAGAGCGCAGGAAGAUAGUUUUGGCUUCUCGCCAGUGUUUUAGCAAAAAAGACAGUUUUGAAUGAGUGCUCAAGUCCCGCUUAAUUAUUUCAUGAAUUUUACGUUACGAACCCAAGCAGACAAAAAUUGAUAUAUAUUUUUUUAAUGGUACUUGUAAAGUUGUACUUGUGUUCAAUUUCGAAUUCAUGUGCAUUGGCUGAGAAUUAAUCA